AUGCCUGCUUGCAACAUGGCCGUCUUCGCCAACGUUCUGCUCUUUGUCGGAACCUUCAUCUCCGGCGCUGUGGGCGUGUCCCCGUACACCAACGGAGCAUCCACCGAGACUGCGGCUCCUCAGGAGCUUGGAUACGUCACCUCCGCUGGAUCGCUCGUCUACUCUGUCAACAUGUGCACCAUUGUGCACUCCACCGUCUGCCAGACUUCCAUGUCGACCGAGGGUGCCCACUCUUCGCCUCACUCCCCGGCCGGCUACCCGUCUUCUGCCCCGGGCUCUUCCAGCGGCAAGGUUGACGCUGCCAUCUCUCCCGCCGAGCCGACGCCCACCAGCGUCGUCAAAGCCACCAGCACCGUGACCAGGGCCACCACCCUGACCAAGGGCAACUCAUCGGUCGCCUCGACCAGCACCAGCGAGAACGCCGAUAUCACCCCGACUCAGACCGAGGACUACCAGCCUACCGGCAGCACCGCCUCGGCCGUGCCCGUCUCGACCGGUGCUAGCAACACCGUCAGCGUCGUGCGUGGUGUCGCCAUCGGUGCUGGAGCCAUGGCCGUUGCCCUCCUCUUCUAA